AAGCGGAAUAAGAAGGCAGAACGGCGAGGCCGGUCCUCGGUCUCCACCGCGGCCCGGAAAGAAUCCGGGCGGCCUCCGCGGAGAUAUUUGCCAGGACUGAGAUAGCUGAUGAACUACCUGCCUGUUUUCUGCCUAAGAGGCUGGCUUAAUUGAUUUAUUUUUCCUGUAAAUGUGAGAAGUCCAGAAAAUCAGAGGUUCUCGUAAUAAAAAAAUUUAUAGAUUGAUUAUUCAAAGACAUUAGCCAUCUGACUUUGGUUAUUCAAGAUGCAGAGGAGACAAGGAUACUGCAGCUAUUGCCGUGUGCAGUAUAGUAACCUGGAACAGCAUUUGUUCAGUGCUCAGCACAGAAGCUUGACCAGACAGAGUAGACGUCGGAUGUGUUGUACCAGUAGUUUGAUGGAACGUUUCUUGCAGGAUGUACUGCGGCACCACCCAUAUCAUAAUCAAGAAAGCAGAUCAACGCAAAAUGAGACACUUUCGAGUACUGUAUCAUCUCCUGAAGUGGUUCAAUUGGAUGAUGAUGUUCCUGAAGAAAAGGCUGAGGAUGCUGCUGGAGCUGGAGGAGAGAUACCCUCCAAGGGUUCUGAACCUGUUGAAGAGUUACAUACCAGGCCUAGUAAAUCUCAGGAAUGUACACAGCAGGUUUCAAUUCGACCAUCAGUUAUUCAAAAACUGGAGAGGGGACAGCAGCAGCCCUUGGAGUUUGUUCAUAAAAUUGGGAGCGGUAUGAAAAAAUUUAAUCCAGUAGAUAUUGGUCAAGCUACAAAUAAUGGAGAAAACUUAAUACGUCCCCCAGUGAUUUAUAAUGCUCCUGCUAGUUGUUUACCUGAAAGUUCUUAUGAUAGACCAGUUACAACUAAUACUACUAAAUUACUACUAGCAGCCCAUUUGGAUUCAGUUAGCAAACGUGACCCAAACCUUGAACAGCUAGACAGGGUCUCUAGACAUCCUGUGCCGCCAUCCAAUCUAGAAACUCCUUCAGUUUCAUAUCAGAAACCUAAAAAAUCAAAUAAGAAAUCAUUAUAUAAAAAUUCAGAUAAAUUGGCUUUACAGAAAGAUGUAAAAUCUGAGGGUAAAACUUUGUCAACUGGCUGUAAAUCCCGUGAACUUAUGGGUACUGAGGGCUCGUUAAGAGUUGAAUCUCCUUCUGCAUUAGCAGUAAACUCAGCAGUAAAUCUGAAUAAAGCUGACUUGCCUUCUGAUAAAGGAAUCUCUGAAGAUGCCAUUCCAAAGCACCAUGAGGAAAUCUUUUCUAAUGUGGAUUGUACUCAAGAAGAAAAGCAUUUGGUUUUUAACAAGUCGGUCCUUUUGGAACAGAAGCGCUCAGUGAGUUCUGAAAUGAAGCUUGAUUGUGGCUCUCUUCAGUCAGCAUCUGAUCAACCCCAAGAGGCUGUACAGGACUUAAACUUUUGGAAGGAGGAGCAAAUUGACCAAGAAGAUAGAAACUAUGGAUCUAGAGGUUCUGAAAUGAGUUUUGAUUGCAGUUCCUCUUUUCAUUCUCCGACUGACCAAUCUAAAGUGACUGCCAGAGAAAUAAACCUUUCAAAGGAAGUGCAUGCUGAUUUACAGUAUAAGAAUAGUAAAUCUGGUGUUUCUGAAAUCCGUUCAGAUUACAUUGACUCGCUUCAUUUGGUUACGAGCCAAUCUCUAGUGGGUGUUAAAGAAAUAAGUCUUCAAAAUACGAUGCGUAUUAGCCUGGUUGACGAAAGCUAUGAAUCCAGUGGUUCUGAAAUGAAUUUUGAUUGUGAUGCUUCACUUCAGUCAAAUAAUGACUACCCCCAACAGUCUGUAAAAGAAAUAAACCUUUGUAAGGCAGAGCACAUUGCUUUGGUUGAUAAGAACUAUGGAUCUAGUAGCUCUGAAGUAAGUGCUGAUUCUGUUUACCCUCUUCAGUCAGUGGCUCACCAACCUGCAGCAGCUGACCAGUCCAUAGUGGCUGACUGCCCCGCAGUGGCUGUUACAGAAACAAAACGUCAGAAGAAGAUUCACGUUGGCUUGGUUGAUAAGAACUAUGGAUCGAGUUGUUCUGAAACAAGUUUUGAUUAUGAUGUUUCUCUUCAGCCAGUAGUUGACCAUACCCAACUGACUGUCAAAAAAAGAAAUGUGAAACAGAGACACGUCCGUCUAAAAGAUAAGAAACGUAAACCCAGUAGUGUUAAAGCACAUCUUGAUCGUGAUAUCUCUCUUGAGACAGUGGCUGAUGAACCCCAGAAGGCUGUUGAAGAAAUAAAUCUUCUGAAAGAGAAGAAUGCUGACCUUAUGGAUAUGAACUGUGAGUCUCAUUGUCCUGAAAUGGGUUUUCACGCUGAUGUUCAAUUAGUGGCUGACCAAUCUCAAGUAGCAGUUAAAGAAGUAAAACCUCAGAAAGUAGAUAUUGACCUAGAAAAUAAGAGUGUUCAAUCUAGCGUUUCUAAUCUAAGUUUUGAUUCUCAUGCUUUUCUUUAUCAGUCAGCUAAUGAUCAACCUCAAGGGGCUUUGGGUGAAGUAAAUCUUAAAGAGUUAAAGGUUGACAUGGAAGUUAAGAGCUGUGGGUGCUCCAGUUCUGAGUUGACGUUUGAUUCUGAUCCCCCUCUUCUGUCAGUUACUGAGCAGUCUCAGCUGGAUGUUGAAGGAAUAAAAGAAGAACACAUUAACCUGGAAGAUGAGAGCUGUGAGUCAAAUAGUUCUGAAAUAACUUUUGAUUCUGAUAUUCCGGUUUGUUCAGUAGUUGACCAACCUCAAGUAGCUGUUUAUGAGGAGGAACCUGUUGAUCUGGAAAAUAAAAGUAAUGAAUCUUAUGUUUCUGAAAUAACUUUUGAUUCUGAUAUUCCUCUUCAUUCAGGAAAUGAUCAACCUGAAGUAGCUGUUAAAGAAGUAAUCAUUCAGAAAGAAGAGUACGUACACUUAGAAAGGAAGAAUCAUGAACCCAGUAGUUCUGAAAUAAGUUCGGAUGUGGAUUCUUAUACCCCCUUUCGUGCAGUGACUAAUCCUCCUGAAGUAGCUGUUAAAAAGCUAAAUCCUCAAGUAGAGGAGCAGGUACACUUAGAAAAUACAGAAAAUGAACCUACUGAUUCUGAAUUAAGUUUAGAUUAUGAUACCAUUUUUCAUCCGAUGAGUGGACAUUCAGAAGAUCCCAUUAAAGAAAUAAACCCUCAGAAAGAAGCGCACGUACACUUAGAAAAUAAGGGAGUUUCUGAAACAAGUUUGGAUUCUCAUACCUCUGUUCAGUCAGUGACUCACAAACCUGAAGUAGUUGUUAAAGAUAAAUGGCUUCAAAAAGAAAAUCAUGCUGAAUUCCAAGGUAAAAGUGCUAAAUUUAGUGGUUCAGAAAUAAAUUUAGAUUCUAGUGUCUCUCAUUCAGUGACUGAACCUCAAGUAGCUGUUAAAAAAAUAAACAUAAAGAAGCAGCAUGUUCUGAAAAACAAGAGUGAUACAUGUGGUGGUUCUGAAAUAAUUUUGGAUUCUGAUGUUCCUCCUCAGUCAGUGACUGAAAAACCUCAACUGGCCAUUUCGAAGGAAAAGCAUGUUGAUCUGGAAGACAAAAACUGUGAAUCUAGUGAUGUAAAAAUGAGUUUUGACUCGGAUGACCCUCUUGAACAACUUCAGGAAGGAGUUAAAAAAAUGCACCUGUGGAAUGAAGAAGAUAUUAGCCUAGAAAAUAAGAUUGAUGAACCUAAUGCUUCUAAAUUAAUACAUGAUUCUGAUGUUUCUCUACAGUCUCCAACUGAUCAACCCAAAGUAGAUGUUAAACAAAUAAACCUUGAGAGUAAUGAUCAUAUGUAUUUGGAAGUUAAGAAUCGCCAGUAUAGUUGUUCUAAAAUGAGUUUGGAUUCUGAUUUCUUGGUUCAGCCCGUAGUUGAUCGACCUCAAAUAACUAUUUUGGAGCGGGAGCACAUUGAACUAAAAGGUAAGCACAGUCAAUCUUGUGGUUCUGAAAUAAGUUCUGAUUCUGAUGGCCCUGUUCAGUCAGUGGCUGACCAGCUUAGAGAAACUGUUAGAGAAAUAAGCCUUUGGAAGGAUGAAGAAGUUGACAUGGAAGAUAAGAGGGAUGAAGCUAAGGGUUUUGAAAUUAUAUAUGAUUCCGAUGGCCAUUUUCAGUCAGUGGCUGGCCAAGCUGAGGUAGUUAAGGAGGUCAACCUUUGGAAAGAGCAUGUUGACUUGGAAGAUAAGAUUAUCAAACCUAGAGAUUCUAAAAUAAAUUUUCAUCCUGCUGAACCUCUUCAGUCUGUGACUAAUAAAAUCCAAGAGGCUGGUAAAGAAACAAGUCUUCUGAGGGAGGAACAUGUUUGUCUGGAUGGUAAGGGCUAUGAACCUGAUCAUUCUGAAAUAAUUUUUGUUUCAAAUAUCCCUCUUCCGUCAGUGAUUGGGCAACCACAAAUUUUGGAAGAGGAGCAUGCCAAUUUGAAAAAUAAGAGCAGUGAUCCUUGUGGUCCCGAAAUAAGUUUUGAUUCCCAUGAUCCUUAUCAGUCAGCAGCUGACCAGCUUCAAAAAGGUGUCAAAGAAAUAAAUCUUUGGAAGGAAGACCGUAUUUACUUGGAAGAUAAGAGCUAUAAACUAGGUGAUUUUGAAGUAAGUUAUGGUUCUGAUGUUCCUGUUCAGUUUGCGGCUGAUCAAUCUCUUGUGUCUGUCAAAGAAAUAAAUUUGCAAAAGAAGGAUCAUAAUGACCUAGAAAAUAAGAACUAUAAACCUUAUGGUUCUGAAAUAAAAUGUGACUAUGGUGUUCAUUUUCAGUCAGUAGUUGAUCAACCCCAAGUGGGUUGCAGAGAAACAACCCUUCAGAAGGAACGGCACCUUGGCAUGGAAGAAAAGACUAAUGAACUUAGUGAUUCUGAAAUAUGUGAUUCUGAUGUCCCUUUCCAAAUAGUAGUUAACCCAUUUCAAGCAUCAGCCAAAGAAACAAAUCUUCAAAAGGUGGUUCUUGUGGACCUGAUGACCAGUGAUAGUGAUUGUGAAGUAAUUUCUGAAUCUGUUAUGCCUCUUCAUUUAGUGACUGACCCACCCCAAAUGACUGUCAGAGAAACCAACUGUAUAGAUGCAGGAUGUAUUGAUGUAGAAGAUAAGAUCUGUGAUUCAUUUGAUUCUGAAGUAGGAUAUGUUUGUGAAGCUCCUUUUCCAUCAGUGACAAACCAAUCCAAAGAGACUUUCAAAAUAAUAAACCGGAAGAAAGACUAUAUUAUUCUGGGAGAUUCAAGUUGUCAGUCUUCUGAAAUUAAUUUUAAUGUUGAUGCCUCCUAUCAGUCCAUGACUUACCAGUCACAAGGGCCUGAUAAAAAAAAAGUGAAAUAUAUUGACCCGGAAGAUAAGAGCUGUGAAUCUAAUGGUCCUGAAAGAAAUUUUAAAUUGGAAGAUGCUUCUCAGCCAGUGACUCGCCAACUGCAGAAAGCUGACAAAAAAGUCAACCUUCGGAAAGAUCCAAAAACUAUUGGCCUAAAAGAUAAGAGCUGUGAAUCUAGUGUUUCUGCAGUAGAUUGUGAUUCCUCUUCUGAGUUAGUGAUCCAUCAAAUGGCUGAUAAAGAAAAUCCUUUGAAGUUAAAACAUACAGAUCUAGAAGGUAUGAGCAGUGAAUCUUGUAGUUCUGAGAUGAAUUUUCAUUAUGAUUCCUCUCUUCAUUCUGGUACUGAACAGCCUCAAGAAGCUGUUAAUAAAAUAGACCUAUUUAAUAAUGUGUCUGUUAGCCUGAAAGAAAAGAACCAUAAUACCCAAGCAAGCUCUGUUCCCUUGGUUGAUUCUGUAAGGAAGCUGGAAAAAGCAAAGGAGGUCAUAGAAGAUGAUCCUGAUGAACCAGUUCUUGAAGCCUUGCCUCAUGUUCCUCCUUCAUUUGUGGGGAAAACAUGGUCUCAGAUAAUGAGAGAAGAUGACAUAAAAAUUAAUGCUCUUGUGAAGGAAUUUAGGGAAGGUCGUUUCCACUGUUACUUUGAUGAUGACUGUGAGACCAAAAAAGUUUGUGUGAAUGAAGGAAAAAUUACCUGUGCUGAUCAGGACAGUGCAUCUAUUCAAGCUCUAUCAGAUUGUGAUGUUAUUGCAGGCGGUAUUUCGGAUAUUGAUGACUUUUCAAUGGCCUUAGAUAAACCAUACCAUCAUCAUCCUCCAGCAGAGAGUCAUACGGCUUCUCGAUGCCAGACUUUAAAAGUCAGCCAUGGAACUGAAACUGGCUUUAAGAAUAACCCAGUGAUGAAAAGAAAAAUGAUUAGACAAGAAGAUGACUCGCCAAGAAGGAAGCAUUUACAUUUACAGAAUGACAGAAAAACAAAAAAGAAAGUAAAAUUUGGGACAGCUGAAUUUCCUGCGUCAUGUACUAAAGUCUUGAAGCCCAUGCAAUCCAAAGCUUUAGUCUGUGUUCUUUCUUCUCUAAAUCUUAAACUGAAAGAAGGUAAUCCCUUACCCUUUUCUAAAAUGAGGCACUGUAGUUGGGAUAAUGAUAUACGGUUUAUGUACAAAUAUAAACGGAAUACUUUUAAUUAUUGCAACCCAUUGAUUAAGCAAAUUGUAAUGAAUCCUCCACUGAACAUAAUAGUGCCAGAGUUUGACAGGCGUAACUGGGUUAAAAUUCAUCUUAACAGAAGUGAUUCCAGUGUAAGAGAUAAUGAUGCUGUUGUACAGAGCUCUUCUUCAGCACCUUCUAUGACAGUGCCAGCAAGAUAUGAAUUAAAUUCACAUCAUGGGACUAGUGAUUCUUCUGUGUUUCUCGAACAAUCAGAGGUUUUGAAUGCUAGUGCAGUUCCAAAGGAAAGUAAUUUCAAGCUAACUCCUUUAAAUCAUGAUGUUGCUCAGAUCUCUCCAAAAUCAGUUAGAAAGGAGUUUUUAGAAAGUACAAGUAAAAAGAAAAUUCAGGGAAGGAAGGUGACAAUUAGUAAUAAGUCAGGUUUUUCUAAAACGGUUUACAAACCAAUUAUUCUCCGGCAAAAAAACAGAAUAGCUUCAGAAAAACAGUCAGUUUGGAUUCGGACCAAACCAAGUGACAUAAUUAGAAAGUAUAUUUCGAAAUACUCUGUUUUUUUGCGUCAUAGAUAUCAGUCCAGGAGCACUUUUAUUGGAAUGCAUCUUAAGAAGAAAAAAUCUGUUGUCAGUAGGCUAAAGAAAGCAAAGAGACCAACUAAAAUGCUUUUGAACUCCUCAGUUCCACCAGCUGGUGCUGAAGAGGAGUUAAGAGCUAUAGCACGUCCUCCUCCGAAGCAAGCUGUGCAGGAUUCUUCCAGUGAUGCAAGAAGGAAGAAGAAAGGUAAUAAAACAUGCUGUAACAAAAAGAAAAAGCCUUCUAGACCCGUUAGAGCAUAUGAUUUGAGAAGUUCAUGUUACAUACCAGAUUCUGAUAGAAUGAUGACUCGGCUAGCAAGCAAAUUGAGACUUGAGGUAAAAUACUGGUAGAAGUUUUUGUGUUUAAGACUAGUUGAGGAUUCAGUACUUCAACUGAAAUAUAUUUGGUACUUAGUGCACAUAGCUUUCCCAGCUUUGAUGGAAAAACUAACCUUGAACUAUUUUGCUAUAGAUAUUAUUUUUCAGAACUUUUAUAUUCAUUUAAAAUCAGUGUUUAGGGUCCUUUAUAUUUUAAGAUUUGAAAGCAACUUUUGUUCAGCAUUUUCUGUAGAAGAGCUUCAUCUUAAUGUCUUAGUUUGUCAUAAUAUAAUUUAACACAGUAUGUAGAAUUUUGUCACUCAAAUUGUGUCCCUCUAUUUAUUUUUUAUGAUUAUUUCAUAUGCCAGCAAAUUAUAACAUUGUGAGAAUGAAUAUAGCAAACUUAUUAAUGCUAUCUUAGUAUCACUUUUUAAAAAUUGGAACAAAAGCAUAUACACCUGCAUUCUGUGUGUUUCGGAGUGGCAUUGUCAAUAUAGUGUUCUGACUGGAUAAUUAAAAAGUAGGAAUUAUAAUGAAUUAUCUCAACUUUUGAAUGGUAUUGACUUAAAUGAUCACAAACAAAAUGUAAUUUAUCUUUCUUUUAAAAGCAUUCCAGAGAAUGAGAUUCCGUGAUCUUUAAUACAGUUUUUAUAAACUGCCUGUGAUUUAUACACAUAGAACAAACUCCUGCUUCAUUGAAUUUGGAUCUGCAAGUCUGUCUAAUUUUCCUCAUUUGGACACAUACAAUCUCUGUAGGUUUUUCUUUAGCAUUAUCAGAUCUUAAGGGGAAAAUGAUUUUGCAAGUGGGCUUAGGCUUUUUUUCCCCCCAAAACUACCUUUACUUCCCCCUACAUGAGAGUUGAUGGUUUAAUAUGAUGAAAGUCCAGACUAUUUUAUGGCCUCAUCUCUUAAAAAUAUUUUAGACAUUACCGUAUCAUUUUUUAAUAGCUUGAACUGAAAGUGUUGGUUUGGUAAUAUUAUUUUGGCAGGCCAUUAAUUGUAUUAAUAAAUUAGUUAUAAUUUUAAUAUUUCAAAAAAUUGAAUAAAACUGGUAACUUAAGUGUAGGCCCAUUUUGCAAGUGAAAAAUCACUUGUACGUUAGUUUGUCUUAAACUCGCUAACUGAUUUUAAUAGUUUAAAUAAAAGAUGUUAAUAUAUGCAGUAUAAGUCUGGAGUACUCAGAAUAUUUAGAGCCUUUAUUCAGGACACUGGUUGAGCUGGUGCAGAUGCAUCCAAUUAUCAUGGUAAGCCAAGAUCCUAGAUCUUUUUCUAUCAUUAAUGUUAUGGGGAAACAUGAAUUUCAACUAUAUCAUACAACUACCAUAUUUACUGAAACUAGGGUCAAUGGUAAGAUGUAUCUUGAUUUCAGAGAUAAAAAUGUUUCUUUAGAAUUAAUGAAAUACAGUAUAGCAGUUGGUUUCUAAAUGUGGUUUUAUUUCAGGGGCCAUUAUUUAACCUGUGGGUAUGUUAUGUUAUAAUUUCAUUACUUCUAAACUUAAACAGUAAUAAUGUUGGGGAAAAAUGAGCAAAUGUUUAUAGUUUUUGUUGCAAAGCAGCAUAUACAGCAUUUCCUUCAACCUUGCCUGCUCAUAUGCAAACAAUUAAAUUUCUUUUUUAAAACAGUGGUGUGGCCCACUAGUUCAAAAUAAUUCUCUAAUUUUAAUUUAGGAUGAAAGCUCUGUCCUACUGAUUAGGAAGUAAACAAACAGCUAAUAUAUAAAAAUACUCAGUAGGUAUUGGUGUCUUUUUUCCCUGUAGAAUAGACAUGUAGUUCCCUUAAGUACUAUUAAUAGACAUCCUGCAUUCUUUCAGUGUAAGUUUAAAAGCAAGAGAUCUUAUGAAAAUAAUGUACUCUGUAAAUAUGAUUUAUCAUAUCUAUUGUGAUUACAUUAUACAGAGAGGACAGUUCUUAUUAUAAUUCAACUGAUCAAAAUUUAAAGUAAGAAUAAUGCUACUACCUUUUUCCCGUUGGAAACCUCUUUUAAGUACCAUUUUGACAGGGGUCAGGGAAAAGGUUUAUAUUUAAAAUUUAUAUUACCAAAAAUAUAAAAGUAUAAUAUAGUACCAAUGAUUUUGUUUAACAUUUUGGAAAUGUUUACUAAGGUCUUGUAAUCAUUAUUAUUUUAGACAAGCUUGAAAACUUGACAUUGUAAAAUCAGUUGCUUUCAGAACUCAGUAGGAUACAAGAUGUGCCCCUUUGUCCAAAUAAAUUUUGGCUUAAUUUGCAGAUUAGAUAAAAACAAUUGGAUGUUUUUGCAUAUUCAGGAAUGCACUAAAUUCUUUUAAUAGUAAAAAAUCAAAUUACAGCCAUAAUGAAUAUUUUAUUAAUCUUGUCCUUGUUCAGUAUCUUGCAUAGAUUUUUAUUGUAAUUGUCCUGAGUUAUACAGUAUGUGGACAGUAUUGUGUAAAGUGUGUUUUUGCAUUUGUGCAUUUAAAUUAUUUGUGUAACUAGGGCUCUGAAUAACACUUUUUUUUUCUUUUGGUUAAAGAAAAAUUAUAUUUAAAUAUUCAAAUAAUUAUAUAUUUCCAUGUGAAACUAAUGUGAAGACUAAUAAUGUAUUUUUUAUAAUGCAAUUUAAAGGGUAAACUUGUUUUUGAAGUAAUCAAGAUAAAAUUUAUUAAAUAUUGAAAUUUGUCUCUA